AUGGUGGACGCGGAUGGUUUUCAAGUUGUGAAGAAACGAAAGGGUUACAAGAACAAAUUUUGUCAGGAUAACCACAGAACUUCCACCAAAACAUGGAGCAAACUAUCGUCAUCCGACAUAGUGCAUUUUGACGUUAGUGAACUGAAAUCCAAAAUUGAUAAAUGCAGGCACGAGAAGGUUUCUUUCUUCCACUGUAACUAAAUCUGUCCUAGAACCCUAAAUUUGCCAUACGCAGAUUUCCAUUUUUGAUGAUUUUUUUUCUUGUGGUGAAUUUAUACACAGGGAUGAAAUUUUAGGAAGCGAAUUUUUCUCAAGUUUUAAAGGUAAGAUCCGAUCUUUAGCGAUGUUCCAGAAUUAGUUUGUAUGCUUCUGAUGGUAAACGGUCAUUUCGCCUCGGUUCCUUGUUAGCCCCAUUUGGCGCGCUUCAAAUGUAAUACUCCUCGUUCAAUAAGCCAUAAGGCAAAACAAGCGCGCUUCAAAUGUAUUAUUCCUCGUUCUUCAAGCCAUAAACCAGAACAAGCAAACUUCAAAUAUAACAUUCCUCGUUCUAAAAUAGGGGCAGGGGUUUCAAUAAAAAUUGAAGUAGCCAGCAGAUUUGAAUAGAGUAACCGACUGUAUCAACAGUCCACGAUUUCAAGGGGUGUCUGGGGGCAUGCUCCCUCAGAAAAUUUUAAAAUUGCAAAACCCUAAUAAGCGAUUUCCAGCGUUUAGGGGACUAAACCGAGUACAAAAGAGCGAGUUUUCCAUACAAGAAGAUUUGGGUUUUAGUCAAAUUUUGAUUUAUUAUUUAGCCACACGACUAACUCCUGCGAGCAAUGAACAAAAUAAUGAUAAUUAUACUAAGUUACAUACAUUUCUGCAUGAACAAAUUCUAUUGUUCUCCAUGACGUUAUUCAAACUAGCUGCUUCUUCUUCGGAGAAAAAAAUAGCCGACUUCUCUGAGCAAUGUAGCCGACACGUUUCGUCAGUCGUCAGUGCUUACUGAAACCCCUGAGGGGGCUAAGUAACCGGGGGCGAAAUGACUGUAAAGCCUCUUGAUGUAGCCAGAAGCAGGGUCAAAAGGGAUGGGGCUCGUUGGAACACUCAAGGGGACGUUUGGAUGUGCCGCCAAGGCACUACUAUUGUAUAGCCCUUUUAGAAGGUUCCUGUGUGUUUUUGUUUCAAAUACUCUAAUCAACUGCUUAUUGGUCAACUGUCUGGAGGUAACAAAAUGUCCUCUCAUGGUGGCCGCCGAUCAGGAAGCGGCCGCAAGAAAAUCUUCGCCAGCUACUCAGCAAGGUUUCAGUUUUGGCAGAAGACUCAUAAAAGGAUUUCAUUGAAUGGAACAAUUUUCUCAUCCUGGGUUUCUGCGAGGGAAAAAGUCAAAGGGAUUCUGGUCGUAGACUCGUAGUAGUAAAAUGGAGCAAGACUAGUUUGAAGUGACUCCCUGGCCUGGUGUCACAAAUGUGUGAACAAUAAUUCAGCUAGCCUGGGUUCAUAGAAAGCAAUGGUGUCCCUGCCAUAUGUAGUAAGGGGCCAUCAACAUAUUCACUUCUUCCCCACUUAAUGUCAACUGGACAUUUAGGUCAGACCCUCCCCCGCCCCCCCACCUUGUUAACAUCCACUUGAAAUUUUGCUGCCGCAAAAGUCAUUGCAUUCCAGAAGGAAAACUGACAUGCACUUACAUGAAGAUGUCAAUAGUAUCAACACAAUUUACUGCAUUUAAAACUUGGUAUAAACUUCAUACUUCAAAUUAAUUAUGCUUUCUCCUACCUGUUCUCUUGCAAAUUCUGCAUAACUGCUUUUUCUUGCUCAUUAUAAAAGUUAUCAACUUUGUACCUGAAUUAUUCAGUUUAAGUCAAAGUACUGUCAUUUGUUGUUAGAUUGAAGUGGAAAUGAUCAUUGCGUCAGAAUAUUUUUUUUUCAGUAAGGCUUGUGAACAGAUUCUCCAAAAAAAUACUGAUGUUAAAAGUAUGUAACUAUUGAAAAAAUAUUCCAGUUGUGUUCACGAAUGUAUUGACAAUAUCAGCAAACUAACCAUAAUUUUUGGUAUGGUAAAAAGUUAUUGGUGAUUUAGGAUGGAGUUUAAAAGAUCACAAUUUACACUAGGUUCUUUGAUUGGUUCUGCUUUCUCUUAAAUAAUCUCCCAAACACCACUCCACACAUGAAGUAAAAUUUACAAAAAUACAUCAGUUUGCUGUUGUUCAAAAAUCCCCCACACUAACAUGCCCCCUUACUCCCUUUCCCCCCUAAACGUCCAGUGAUAUUAAUAUACCAGCCAAGUGUCACACUUAAGGUGAGAUUGUCACGCCUGCAGAUCAAAAACUUGGAUCUCAUGCCUACUCACGCCUGUGUUCCGAUUUGCCACACCUGAUGGAAAAGUUUCAGCCAUUAAAGCCUUAACUGACACAUUUUGAAAAAUAUAUUAGUUAUUUAAAGAAACCGGAACCAAGGAGGGAAAAGAAAAGUCUAUGUGAAUGAUCGACUUUCUGCGAAUUCUCUUUUUUUAGUAGGGAAGUCAAUGUUCCUUUGUGUUCCCGGGUUCGUGUUAGACGGAACUCUUCAAAACGUCUUCAGACAUCUUCGGAUAUCAUCGGACCCUAUGAAAAAUCUUGGUACUCUUAAGAUAAAAAAUGUCAUACCUAUAAAUGUAAAACAGUUGGCAGGUAUACAUUAAGCGGGGGGAAAGUGAACAUGCUGACGUGCCCCUAAAGGUAAUGAAAAAAACUAGAUGGAUCCAUUUGGCCCAACCAUAAAAUGGUGUCAGCUCUCAGGUGAACAUUAACAUUUUUUAUUUUUAAUCUUUUUGACUAGACACAUUUGACAAUUGCUGUGCUAGGAAGAAUGCCAUCAGUAAAGAAGAAUGUGGAAGUAAAAUUUCUGCAGUUAUUCAAGAGGAGCCUAUUGCUGAUAUUGUUUGUUAUGGAAUUGGAAAAAUAACUACAUGUCCUAUUGCUAGAUACCAAUUUGCCUUAUUGUUAUUGCUAAAGGAACAACUUCAGGUAAUGUGCAGGUUACUUCACUUUAAUUCUAUGAUUUGAGGGCAGACGGAUGGGACAACAAAAGUGCAAUCAGAUAGGUUAAGGUUGUAGGUUAACUCUAACCUCACCUAAACCAACAUGUAGUGGAGCAAGCUCUCAGUGGUAUUCCUCUCCCCGCACAGUAGAUCGAGGUCAUAGUUUUUUCCUAUUUCAUGCAACAUAAUCAGUCAGUAUUCAAGUUGCCUAAUAAAUGGGGAACAUUAAGUUAUGAUUAUUUUAAAUACUACUGUUACUACUAUUACUAAUACUAUUUUGUAUAUUUGCUGAUUUCAAAAAAUAAAUGUUUAUUUUCUUUCUGUCUUCUAAUGUGAGAUGGUAGCACUUUGAUAAUGAUCAGAUCAUUGUAGAGAAAAUGUGUGUAGACUAACGACACAUGAAUACAGGAGGCUAAACAAAGAUAUAUCUUAUUUAAAGAUUGCAGGUCUGUGCUAUAUUUAUGAGCCUCAUUUUUCAGAAGAUGAUAAAAUGAUUGUGGAAAAGUUGGGAUGUCAUCUUAUUGAACAUAAUGAGGUAAAGUAACAACUGUGUUUUAACUUAGAUUGAUUUUAUGACAAGAUCAAUACAGGGAUAUGUUGUCGUCCAUGCCCCACUUGUUCAAAGGAUAGACAAUGUUAUCCACUGGAUAGUGCAAUAAUUGGUUUCUCUAAUACUUAUCCAUUUGGAGAGCAAUUUAUCCAGUGGAAAGCGCUAUCCAGUGUUUGAGCAACUGGGGCCUGGAGUUGGGUAUUUCCAGCUUUUAUAGAACUAGAUAAUAAAAUUUAUUAUUAUUAUAAUUUAUUUUAUAAUCACUAUAAUUUAUUAUCAUGAUUUUUUAUAAAUUAUUUAAUAAUUUAUAAUAAUAAUAAUGUUAUAAAUUAUUAUAUUAUUAUAAUCAAGAAUUUUGGUACAGGGGUGGUGCUAAUCUAGAAUGUAAACUCACAGAUGCUGAAAAAUAUAGUUGAUUGGAAUCUCCUGUAAUCAACCACCCAAACUGCAAGGAUUUAAUUGUCACUUACAGGAGGUUGUCACUUACAAGGUGGUCAAACCAUACGGAGUCUCUUCCGCAAAGAUGUCCUGAUGCAUCUUAACUCUUUGGAAGAAGUUGCAAUUAAUUUUAUAUGCAUAGUUCCAGGUUGCCUCUGAAAGUUCAUUUUUUUUUAUUGAUGAAUCUUAUUUUUUUCAGGAAGGUAAACGAAAAGUGGAAAGAUUGACUUUAUUUUUCAUGCUUCAUUGUGGUAAACCACUUUACAACAGUGUUUUGUGGGCAAACUGGGGUCCAAGGCUAUCCAAUGUUAUUAUUCUUGGAAACAGAUUUUCAAGUUACCAAGAAAGGUGAGAAUCAAAAACUGUGAGGAAUGUAAUCAAUGAUAGAAAUGUCAAAUAUUAUAAUAUGGGUGGAGGGGAUGACCUGACACACCAACAAUAAUUUAUUGUUUGGAUUUGUUUUGUAGAAUUAGCACAUUCCAGUGCACAGUAAAACUGUACUGUACUGUUCCUGCUUUCACUUUGAUAUCAGUUAAAUCAUGCACAGCUUAUCACUUAAUAAUCGUGGUGAGGAAUAUAUCUUCAUCUCAUAUGGUGCAAUAAAUUGAAACAUCUGAGUUCCUGGAAGGAUUUGAACCCAUGAUAACCCAGACACCAGUACACCCCUCCCUUGUUAUCUCCAAAUAAAGUUACCAUGGUGAACUUAGGACCACCUCAUUGCUAUACUUGUUCACAAAGGAGAACAUUGUAGAUGGCAAACUCAGAUAUAUUUGGUGGAGAAUUCAUCUUAAUGAAUGGGUACCUUGUUUUGAAGCUCAGAGCCAAAAUUUCUUAAUCUUUCUUCAUUUCAGAAUACCCUCAAGACAACUUCGAUCAGAAGCAUCCUUUAUCUAUAAUGUAUCCUCUUAAUACUUGCUAUUCAACUACUGGUUUUUGCCUAAAUAUUCAUUUACAGUAGAUCUUUGGAUUUUUUUAAUCCUUCCAGAAUUAUUCUAACCAAAGUAAUAUUUUCACAGUGUGCAAUGUAAUGUUUGUUUCUCGUGCAUAUUUACGUGGCUAUCUUCCCAAGUAAAUGAAACCCAAGGAGGCUGAAACACAGUAUAAGCCUUUCAGUCCACGAGACUGCUUAACUUGUAAGCAUCAAUGGCUUUGUUUUAUCUACAAGUCAAAUACUCUUCUGCAUUCCUUGACUUUCGUUUGGUCAGAUACUUCCUUAUGUGAAAGAAACACCAGUUCCCAACACAUUUCACCACAGUGAUAUUUUCAAUGACUCUGCAAUUCACUGGUUUCCAAGGGAUAUUUUAGGUACAGUUCCUGAUGCAGUUUGGGAUGAUAAUGAAGAACCAACUUAUGCUUCAAACGAUCCAGAAAUAGUGACACAUACUGUACUUAGCUCUUGACCAAGGGUAGCCUGCACGCAAGCUGUCCUGGGGGUGUGGUGGGGGGAGAGAAGCAGCCAAGCUCUCCCCCUCUCCUUCCCUUCCCCACUCCCAUGCUCCAGUGGAGCUUGCUUGCGGUAACCCAUUUUGUACCCAAUUUAAAAGGCUCUGUUCAAAAUGUUUUAUCCUGCGGGAUUAAGUCUUCUCGUUCCGGUAAGAAUUAAAGAUUAGAUUCCGUAAAAAUAAACUCGCAAAUAAAAAGAUCUAAAAAAAUUACCCCUUUUCAACACUGUUGAGUUUUCAAUUUAAGCUACUGCAAACUACAUAAAAUUACAGUUGUAACUUGAUACUGUGGC